AUGGUUUUAAAGGCAGGUGAAGUGACCAAUGAAGUAAAUUCAUGGGCUGAAGCAAAAACAAAGGGCCUUAUCAAGAACCUUCUUCCUGAUGGCUCAGUUGACCACUUAACGAGGCUCAUCCUUGCAAAUGCAUUGUACUUCAAAGGUGCAUGGAAUGAAAAGUUUGAGUCCUCAAUGACUAAAGACAGUGGUUUCCACCUUCUUAGUGGCACUUCAGUUAAGGUUCCCUUCAUGGUUAGUAAGAAGAAACAAUAUAUUAAUGUUUUCGAUACUUUCAAAGUCUUAGGUCUUCCUUAUAAGCGGGGUGAAGAUCAGCGCCAGUUCUCCAUGUACUUCUUACUUCCACAUGCAAAAGAUGGCUUGUCUGCUUUGGUUUACUUGGUAACUUCAACAUCUGGGUUCCUGAAAUGCAAUCUUCCUGAUCAUAAAGUGGAAGUGGGUGACUUAAGGAUUCCCAAAUUCAAAAUUUCUUUCAAUUUUAAAGCUUAUGAUGUUCUUAAGGAGCUAGGAGUGGUUUUGCCUUUCUCAGAUAAUGCAGAUUUGUCAAAAAUGGCGGGUUCUCCCGGGAGUCAAUACCUAUAUGUUUCCAAAAUAUUUCAAAAGUCUGCUUUCAUUGAAAUAAAUGAAGAAGGCACUGAAGCUGCUGCAACCAGUGGCGUCGUUAUUGCAAUGGGCAACCGAUUCGAGUAG